UAGCAAAUUUAACUUAGUCACCGCUGAGAAUUCGCUAAGAAUGUCCUACGUCGCUAAGAACACUACUGAAAAGCCUGGUCUUGAGGAACAAGAACAACCCAAGAUUCACCGUAUCCGUAUUACCUUGACUUCUCGCAACGUCAAGAACUUGGAAAAGGUUUCUUCUGAUCUUAUCCAACGUGCUAAAGAUAAGCAACUCAAGGUUAAGGGACCUGUUCGUCUUCCUACCAAGGUUCUCCGUAUUACUACUCGUAAGUCACCCUGUGGUAAUGGUUCUGAGACCUUUGACCGUUUCGAGAUGAGAAUCCACAAGCGUUUGAUUGAUUUGCACUCUCCCUCUGAGAUUGUUAAGCAAAUCACUUCUAUUUCCAUUGAACCUGGAGUUGAAGUUGAGGUCACUAUUGCUUAAAUAAAAAGUAAAAAGUAAAAAUAAAAAUAAAAAAAAGUAGUAGGUCUCAUGUGAGAAAUCAUAACGUUUUGAACGGAAAAGAGACCAGGCUUUUCUUUUUAAAAAAAAAAAAAAAA